GAAGAAGAUGAUUCUGACCAAUGAGAAUCGCGCGGGUACGUUUCAAAACAAAAAUGGCGACAGAAAGAGCAGUUGUGUUACUAGAAAAAACAGACCCUAAUCAUUUGAAGACAUGCGACUCCACCGAGGUCCAGGACGCUGGAGAAGGAAAAGUUAUGACCGCUUAUUUAAAGGACUGCAGACGGAAACAGAAGCUCAUGUGCCAGCAGUAUGGUGUGAUGGAUGAUAUGUUGAAGCUUCUUGCAGGUCUGGAGUCAGCAGAGCAGUUUCUGAAUGAACCCUGUCCACCUAAACCAGAUACUGAGGCCAGCACUCUCUGGAAAGCUUUGAAGGCAGAGUAUCUUCAGCAAGUCCAGGAAGUCGAGGGGAUAAUAGGCACACUGGUGGAGCACAUGGAAGAGCUACUCAAAAAACGGCAAAGGCUGGAGGCUCUGCUGGUAGCCCUGGAAAAGAAGAAAGAGGAGUGCAAGGAAAAGGAGAGAGCUGCAUUACAGUCAAAGCAGAGAGCUGAAAAACAGAUGAAUUUGCAAAUAGAUGAUUCCCUGGAGAGAGCCCAGAGUGCCUUGCGUGCUUGUGACAGACGGCUUUCUCAACUCAAAAUUCAAGUAGAUGAACAGUUGGCCCAGGCAGCUAAUUGGACCGCUUUUAGAGACAGGUUACAGGCUACCCUGGAAGUCACUCAGGCUAAUAUGCAGUACAGGUUGCUAUCUGCAAGCCCUUCAGAGCUGUGUCUCGAGCUUCUGCCCCGCUCCACCCAGCAGUCCCUACAGCCUCUGCAUCUGUCUGUCACCAUGACUACAGAAGACCACUUCCGCCUGCAGGUUUUUCAGGGCACUGCAGGCCUCUUGGAGGAGUCAGUAGAAGGCCCUAUAAGAGAGCUGAGUGCUGCGCUGUUGGAAGUGAUGGAGUGCUAUAUUAGUCAAGGAAAGAUGCUCGCUGAAAUCCAGGCUCUGCAUUCCAGGUUUGCAAUCGACUGGUGCCCAGCAAAGCGCCUGCUGAUUUUCCUCAAGUCUGCCACCACAGUGUGCCACCUGGAGCUGGACGAGGGCUACCCGUCAAGUGGCCAAGCCAAACUGCUUGCUGUGCGCAAAGAUGGGGAGCUUCUUAAUUUGUCUGACCUGCAGCCCCCUGUGAUGAAUCCUAGUCUGACAGAUUGGCUCGAGUUUCUCUUCUUGUAUCCAGAUUUAUAAAGACUGCCUGCAGCAUCACGCGACUCGGGUGGGAGAGGGUCCUGAAGUGAAUCAGUAAAAAUUGUUAAUUAUAUCUGCAUCGCAACUGUAGGUGUAUACUGAAAUAGUCUUGUGUUUCAGCUGGUCAUGUAUAUAAACUGAAUAAAGUGUUUUAUUCAGUGCUGUUA